UUCAAUUAUGAGAACAUGUUGCAUAAACUCGACUCAUAUUCCCUUUUGGAAGAUUGAGGGUGAUCUUAUGAUAAAGGGUGCUUAAAAAUGAUGGAAGCUUCAAUAAGGUAGAUAGAAUGAAACUAAUUCCUGUGGUGCAGGAAUCCAGAACAAAGGAGCAUAACAUUAAGAUUAGAGUUAAGCCAUUUUGGAGUGAAACCAGGAAGCACUUUUUCCACGCAAAGAAUGGUGGAAAUCUCCUCCUGCUGCAUAAAGAAAGAUUGUGGAUGCUGGGGGUCAGUCAGAGCCUUCAGGACUGAGAUUGUUAAAUUUUUCAACUCUUUCUUGGACUCGAACGCAAGUUCUGUCGAAGGGUCAUGAGGACUCGAAACGUCAACUCUUUUCUUCUCCGCCGAUGCUGCCAGACCUGCUGAGUUUUUCCAGGUGUGUCACCAUGGUGAUUGUCAGGAGAUUAAUAACCAAACCCCAUUGAAUCUCUGUGCAUCCUGUGACAGCAAAAUCCACGACGUGAUGCACUUUGACCGGCACAUCCGCUUCGACCUCCCACCUCAAGGGUCUGUUUUGGCCAGGAAUGUCUCAACUCGAUCAUGCCCACCACAGACCAGACAUUCAUCUGACAAGGAGGAUGAUGAUGAAAGUGGGAUGGAUGGAAAAAGUGACAAGAGGAAUUCUGCACUGAAGUUGAGCAAGAAGAAAGCUCGCCGCCGACACACAGAUGAUCCCAGUAAGGAGUGUUUCACUUUGAAGUUUGAUUUGAAUAUCAACAUUGAGACGGAGAUCGUCCCUGCGAUGAAGAAAAGGACUCUGGGGGAGGCACUGUUGCCGGUGUUCGAGAGGAAUGGCAUUGAGUUGAACCAGGUGGAGGUUUUCUUGGACCAUUCCUAUACACCUCUAACCCUGAACUUCGAGGCGUAUCGGUUUGGGGGACACUACCUGAAAGUGAAAGCAAAACCCGGCAGCGAGCUGAAGGUGGAACAGACAGUUAAGGAGAUCAAAUCUUUGAGCUUACCCAUCAUGCGGCCUUCAACAGUCAAUCCCACAUUUAUCUGCACCCCAGCAAUGGACAGAACAGAUCAGCCUCUACAGGGACGAGAUACAAUGGACAUAGGGGUAGUGGGAAGGCGGAGAAAGAAUAUGAUGGAAUUCCUGGGGGAAUCCACUCUCCCAAUGCCGGAUUCCUUCUCUCCACUCAGCUCUUCAUUGCCCAGCGGUGGUGCAGACAGCUGGAAAAACCGAGCUGCCAGUCGCUUCAGUGGGUUAUUUGGCUCUGGCACUGGCACAGGACCCUUUGGCCGGGAAAUGGAUAAAAUGGACCAGCUACAGAGCAAACUUCAUGCGUACAGUAUGUUCGGAUUACCGAAACUGCCAGCACAGCUACGGUUUGACCAGGACUCCUGGGAGGAGGAGGAGGAGACCAGCCUGCACCUCGAGACGUCAUGGCAGGAGAUCAUAGAGGCUCCUGAGAAGCUGACUCGGAAGCAGUGCCAUCAACAGGAGGCCCUCUGGGAGCUACUAAACACGGAGGUCGCCUAUAUUAAGAAGCUGCAUGUGAUCACAGAUCUCUUCCUGUGCUGUCUGAUGAACCUGCAGGAAUCGGGCUUGCUGACUGAGGUGGAGCCAAAGAAACUAUUCUGCAACAUGCAAGAGAUUAUCCAACUGCACCAGAAGCUUUGGCGAGAAGUGAUGGCUCCUGUGUUGCAAGCAGCCAGAGAGAGCAAAACAUUGCUCAACCCCACCCACUUCCACAAGGGAUUCAAGACAUUUGGCAUGCGCUUUAAGCCUUAUAUCCAGUACUGUAUGGAGGAGGAGAGCUGCAUGGAGUACAUGAGAAACCAUCUCCGUGACAACGAACUCUUUAGGAUCUACAUAACGUGGGCAGAGACACACAAGCAGUGCAAUCGCCUGAAGCUCAGUGACAUGUUGGUCAAACCUCAUCAACGGCUUACCAAGUACCCACUGCUCCUCAAGUCUAUCCUCAAGAAAACAGAUGACCUUCAUGCCAGAGAGGCAAUCAUUAGCAUGGUCAGUUCCGUUGAGAGUUUUAUUGCACAUGUGAAUUCACGAAUGAACCAGCGUCAGGAGCAGCAGCGAUUGGCAGAGAUUAUUAAUCGCAUUGAUUCCUAUGUGGCAGUGGAUGGAAGCUCGGAUGAAGUGGAGAAGGUCCUGAAGGAGUUCUGCCGCUUGAACCUGACAGCUCCGAUGCUUGGGACCUCACCCGAUGACACCCGGCAACUGCUGCUCGAGGGAAGCCUGAGAAUGAAAGAAGGAAAAGAGAGCAAGAUGGAUGUUUACUGUUUCCUCUUCACUGAUAUUUUCCUCAUCACAAAACCUGUGAAGAAAAUGGAGAAGACCAAAGUAAUCCGGCAACCAUUGCUCGUGGAGAAAAUUGUCUGUAGGGAGCUGAGAGAUCCCGGCUCCUUCCUGUUGAUUUAUCUGAAUGAAUUUCACAGUGCAGUUGGUGCCUUCACCUUUCAGACCAGUGUGACCGGGCAGUCCAGAGCAUGGAUUGAGGCCAUAUUCAAUGCACAGAACCUUCUGGAGAGAUUACGAGACCAGGAGUCUGGGCAGAAACGGUGUAGGCUGCCUGAUGAAGAGGAUGUGGAGAGCAUGACCUCUGCAACACAGUCACCACCCCUGUUACACAAAUACACUGAUGACACACUUGAAUCACAGCAUAGUCAGUCAGACAGUGUGACAGAGAGAGUACCUGUUGUGAUGAUCGAUGAGAGUGAAGAUCUCUCCUCACCUGACACUGAGAGAGCUGCUUCUCAGUCCGACUACACCUCGCUCCAAAGUACAGAGUCCUCCAACACCCCAACCCAGGAGCUGCUCAACCAUGGGGUGACCUCUUCAGGCCUCCUAAUACCAAAUACCAAAGGCCAAGUGUUGGAGAGCAAUGGCUGCCGCUCAGCCUCUGUUGACAGCGCUUAUGGCACCUUGUCCCCAAGCUCAGUCCAAGAGUUUGAAGAGCGACAGCAGGAAUCAGCAGAUGAAGAUGGAGAGUCAACUCCCUGCCAGCGACUGGCAUCGCCCCAGAUUUGCGAACAGAGUCUGGUCCAGUCCCUGUGUUGCAAAGCCAACAUCUUCAAAUCAAAAUCAGAGACUAAUCUUCUCCAGCUCAUUUCCUCAUCUUCAGAAUCCUGCGUUUUGAGUCAGCCGUCACUGAGUAAGAGCCUGACCGAACUCUGUGUGCUCACAGAAGGAAGAAAAAUCCAACUGAAAGCCCCUGAUGAGGGAGUAUCAAGUGAGGCUACUCUCCCCACUCUGUGCUCUCACACAAUCACCAAGGUGAUGGACAUUCUCAAACGGGCAGAGGCUCAACACAUGAGAAUAGCUUCAUGUCCUGAUUCCCGAGGGAGGGCUGUGGACACUGCUGGUGUAAACACCAAUGACAGCGAGCUCUCAGAGUUGGAGGAGCUGAAUUUUGUGAAGCAGCAUGCUCACCCAGUUGAUGAACAAAGCUUGGAACCUGGCUCACAGCCCUGCACAUUGUCAUGCUCUGAUACAGCGAGUGAGCUGAACUCUCUGUGUUUUACAGAUGAGCUCACAGCCCCUCAAAGUCAGGAGGAGGAGGUCAAGGAGCAGCUGAGGGGAAGCAGUACCUCUGAACAUUCCAAACGGACAAUGUCAGACCUUAAGCUUGGGCAGCACCGCAAACUGACCCUGGCACAACUGUACAGAAUACGAACCAGCCUACUCCUAAACUCCACAUUGACUGCAUCGGAGGUGUAGCCUGUGUUAACUGGUCAUGAGCAGUGGGACCCGGAAUUCAAAUGGAUGGACUGGCAUGGAACUUCAACUCUGACCUUCUGAGGCACCCAUCACCGCAGUCCGUGAAGCAUUCCUGCACGUGCUGAGAAAGGAACUGAGAAUGAUAUCAAUGCUUGUGGACCCAUUACAGAUUGAGCAAUCAGUGUGGAGAGGGGGGGCAAUGAGUGAACAUGGACCUAGUAUUGCAGGAGUGAGGAAAGUGUGUGUCAGGCUGGUGACCUGUCCCAACAAUUGCUCUUACUGAGAAUCAAAAAUGCACUGUAUUAUUUAGAAAUGUAAAAUCACCCAGUGAUUAGCAGGACCUGGGAUGCCUGUUCUUUGCCAUGUGGCAAGGAAAAGGAGCUAAAUUUUUGAAUUACGUGUCCUUUUCCCUUUCCUGUCUCCUUUCCCCUCCCCUCCCCACUUCCCAUGUUGACCCCUCUCAACUCCCUCUCUUCUCCAGUCUCCUUCCCUUCUCCCUCUCCCCACACUCCUCUUCUUCCCUCUGCCCUCCCCUCUUUUCUUCUCUCCCUUUUCCUCUGCCCCUCUCCUCUCUCCUUUCAUCUCUCACAUCCCUUCCUUCCAGUCACAUGAUUGAACAAGGACAAGCACUGACCAGCAUGUGGCUGUGUUGACUGUGAGCUCAUUUGUCUGUCCAAUGAUCAUGGGGCUGAUGGAGACUGAAGGAGAAGUAUCCCCACUGUAAUCCUCAAUGGACUCUGCAGCAGAUUGAGGCUGCACAGGACAUCUCAUCAGGUACCGAGUCCCAGGCUCCAUUCUCAGUCUCUGGCGAGUUAGCUGAUCUCAGCUGGCUGGGCAGGAGGGUGGGUUGUGAGUUACAAUCCUCAAUGCCCCUGGAUUGGGGAAGGGAAAGAUCAGCCAGAGAUCAUGGCCAUGCAGUGUCUCAUGUUGAAGCCUAAGUGGAUUUUGCAUAUGGUCUAAAUCACUGCUUGGGCUCAUACAAGAAAACCUCCCCUCACAGAUUUCAAACUCUGAAUUACUCCACGAACAUCCCAACCAUCAGACCUCCACUUCUGUACUGAGCCCCUCCCAGAAUGAAAGCUCUUUCACCAAACCUGUUAGCUCAUGAACACCGUGAAAACAAAGAAAUUUCCCCAUGAUUUGAAGAGCUGUUUUUCUCUUAUCAGUCUGCAGCUGCUGUUUGCUUCCCUUAAACCAGCAAUGUUUUUUUUUCCUUAAUAAUGUAUAAAGUUUCAUAUUUAUUAAGCUUUUGUGCUCAUUUUAUAAUGUGUCUGUAUACUGUUACUGAAUUUUGUUGGACUUUUUUUCAUCAUCUUCACCAUCCUCACUGUCCUUUCAAUAUGCAUAUAGUCACUCCUCCUCUCCAUUUGUAUUUCUAUAUCUCUGUCUCUCCAACUCCCCUUGUCACAUUUCGGUCUCUUUCUCUCCCUUUCUCCUCUCACUCUCUUUCUCCCUGUCUCUGUUCAUUUCUCUCCAUCUCCUUUCAUGUUUGUCAUGAUCACUCUCAUUCUCAGUUUCUCUACCUAUCCUUGUCACUCUGCAUCUCCAUUCCUCCCUGUGCCUGUAUGAAUGUUUUUUUUCAGUCUGUUAAUCUGCUAAUCUAUCUUCCUCUCUCAUACAUUCCCUCCAUCACAUUUUGUCACACAUCUGCCCCUGUCUCACUCUGCCUCUCUGUUCAGUGGUUGUACCUCUCUCAGUUUAUCACUGCCACUGGCUCUCUCCAUUCCUUGAUCUCUAAACCAGUCGGCCUGUCUCUCUCUCUCUCUCCCAUGGUCAUGAUCACUUUAAGCAUCUCUACUUGUGGCUGUGCCUGUUCCUGUUUCCUCCCCUACACCCACUGCCUGUUUCUCAGUCUCAUUUGACUCUGAAUAAGCAAAUUGAUUCGGUAAAGUGUUGUUCUGAGAAGUGUGUGUGCUGGAUUCAAAAAGAGCUUCACCUAGACUCUGGGAAUCAGUCCAAGGCUGAAGCUGGAGCUCAGCACCAUGUGGACAGGGAUUGGAACCGGGAGGCAGACCGGGGUGUGGAUCUGGAUUGGGGUGAGUUAGUGAGGCUGAAAAUGGGGGCAGGAACUGGAGUAAUGAUUUCUAAUAUAACUGGGAAUGAAAACCAGGAUCAGAAACUGGAGUCACUGGUUUACUUGUAAAACUGGCAAAAUGGUUUUCAUCACUUGGUUUUACUUUUAAUUUAUUCCAUUUUUUUAUAAAGUAAACUUCCUCAAUAACUUCUAGAUGGUGAAGGAGAGGGGCAGUUAAAGCUGGAUCAGGCUUCUUCUGUUAAUGUCUCCUUGAAUUUUUGCAAGUUUUGCAAUGAUGUGCUUUGACAUAGUUUACACAGCUAAGUGAACCAUUUAUAAACGCAGGAAGCUUUCUUGAGAAGUCA